GCCGACAGCUGCUUGUGAUUGUUUUGUUGUGUAUUUUUUAGUUAAUUACCAUCGGCAUUUUCCUGCAAAAUUUAAACCCCAGCAAGCAGAAUGAGUGAGACCGACGGGAUCCACAUAGAGUACGCGGACGAGCAAGAACUGAUACGGGAAUUUCGUCGGUUUAUGAGUGACCCCGAAACGAGAGAAAAAGCUGCCAACUAUCUGUACGAGUCCCUGGUGGAUGAAACCAUCCUUGGGAUAGUGUACGAGGUGCAUCAUGCUUUCAAGACGGGUUCCGGUGCGGCAGUAGAGGGCGAACCGGAGGACAGCAAACCGUACACGAUCGUUGACCAGCCCGACAUGGACGUAUUCGGAUCGUCCAACACUAAGAAAGCUAUCGACUGCCACUGUCCGAACUGUAAUCGUAUCGUAGCCGCAUCGAGAUUUGCUCCACAUCUGGAAAAGUGCAUGGGUAUGGGAAGAAACUCAUCGCGCAUAGCGAGUCGACGUAUAGCGAAUACGCGUGACGUAGGUACCGGCAAUUAUUUCGGUGGCGAUGAGGACGAUGAAGACGAUGCCGAUUGGUCCGGCGAGAAGAGGAAAAAGAAAAUCUCCCAAGUGCGUACUAAUGGGAGUAAAAAAAAUGGCAAAACCUCAUGAAAGUAGGUGCACGUAUGGGGU